AUGGGUGAUUGGUCAACUGUACCUCCCGAAGGAAGGCUAGAAAUCUUAUCUGCUAUCAAUGCAAGCGCUGAUGGUGACUUAUUCAAGUCGUUGGCUUCCCAGAAAACUUGGAUUGUCAUUCUUGAAGCCUGUAGCACCUUUUCAACAAAGGAUGUUAUAUUGAAGAAUACCUUAUUACUUUCCCUGCUAAAGAUGUUCAGAAGAAUACCAAUUACAUUAGAGAUUCUCAAGAAUUACACCUUUGCCACAAAGGUGAUGCAGAUCAACAAGAAUUCUACUUCUCACCGUUUCUCAGAUAAUGCCAACGUCUUGGCUGGCAAAUUGGUGCACGAGUGGCGGCAGAUGGUGAAGCUUGAAAAGACUCGGGUUGAUAAGAUCACCAAUGAGUUAUCUACACGUCCAAAAAUUCCACACAAACCAACAAGAUAUCUAACCUUUCCAGUUCAAAUCCAUAAGCCAGCGAUCAACAGUAAUACCAGCAUGUCAACUACAAUGAAGAAUUUGACCCCAAGAGUAUCCAGGAGGACCAUAGACACAUUGGAAACACCUAGAUCAUUUGUUUUAUCCAAGUUUAACCCUCAGAGACCCCCGACACCCAAGGAUACCCCCUCAAAAGCAACACAAUCUCCCCACCGGGUCCGAGGAAAACCAAGUCUGAAAGCUAGUCUGAAAGAUAUGAACACUAGACUACUCUCUUCAUCCUUACAAGAUCCUGGCAAGGAAAGAAAGGUUAAACAAGCUAGGUUUGCUAGUGAUGAGGGUUUUUAA